AUGGUUGGUGGAUAUGCAGUCUUGCGCGAUAAAUCAGAAAAGACUAUCAAAUACAGGACUCCUAGGGGUAAAGAGGUUUGUUUGACAAGAGAAGUCUAUCUUCGGGAUGACAUACCAUGUAGAAGUUUGUCAUGCUCUCAGAUCGAGUGCCAUCAAGGUGGAUAUUGCUUACCAAAAGACUUAAAAACAUACGUUUUAAUUGAUGGAUUUUAUGCUCUAAACUACUGGGAACUGUUUGAGCUUGAAGACAUAAAAGGUGUUAUUGUUUCACUGUCGUCAGUGAAUUUCGUUCAGCAACAGGCCUCGACAAAACGCCCAUACAAAAGAAUCCGUUCAAGCCUUGAAGAUGCCAGCCAAACAUGCAUUUUAUUCGAUAAUGAGUUUAAUCGCUCCUGUUUUCGUCCUCCUUUUGCAGACGAGAGCCUUAAAGAUUACACUACGAGGAUGAAUUGGGUUGCUGCUAACUGGUACAUACAUCACUUGAAAGGUCAUGUUUCACUAGUUUUCGUAACAGAUAACGAAAGUCGUGUCCACACUUAUUCAUCUGAAAUAAACACCAUAUCGUGUAAAUUAACUGUCUUGGAUCUACCAGGGUUUUUACAGAUGUACUACCCCACGCUCACAACUGCCAAACUUUUGUUUGAUUCUUUGGAUGUAUCACUUCGUUCUAUCCAAUCCAAAGACCACAAUUUACCAGAGCUCUCAAAAUCAGAAAAUCCUUCAGAGUCUUUGGACUCGUACAUCAUGCCUUCAGCGCCUUCUAUUGGUCACGUAUAUCCGGAAUAUUUACCUGAAUCGGCUUUAGCUGCCGGUUUACGGUCUGGACAAUUUUUGAAGGGCAUUCUUCACGUGUCACGUUUUCGACCGACUACUGAGGCCACGGUAGCCUUAACAGAUGCUAGUGCAGUAAAGCACCAACCAGAACUUAAGGAAGCAUUGGCUGCACGGAGUGAGAUUAUGAUUCACGGGCUACAACAUCGUAAUCGUGCUGUUGAUGGAGAUGUAGUCGUAGUACGUCUUUUACCCCGUGUUCAUUGGAAAACUGUUUCAUCUGAUAUUAGUGCUCAAGAAAACUGUGCAGCUGAAUUUGUAAGUGAUUCAUCAAGUAUAUCCGGAAGCAAACCCAAUCAGGAUUGUCUUGAUUCAGAAACAUUAUCAAGAAGUCUGCCUUGUGGCUUUGUUGUUGGUGUUGUCAGUCGUAAUUGGCGUGAUUAUGUCUGUACAUAUGUUCCUAAAUCUACUGAAAGUGCAUUAGAUCCAAAAAGUGAAAGUGGAUGGAUAAUAGUUACUCCAUGGGAUCGUCGUAUUCCCCUCAUUCGACUGCAUACUACACAAAUUUCCAAGCUAACUCGUGAACGUUUUAUUGUACGAAUCGAUACGUGGGACUCGUAUUCAGCUUAUCCAAGUGGUCAUUUUGUUCAAACUCUAGGUUGCAUUGGCGAUUUGGAAACGGAAACACAAACCAUACUAAUUGAACAUAAUUUAAUUAUUCGAAAUUUUACUGAUGCACAGCUGAAUGAAUUAGCACCACUAAGUAUCCAACGCCCUUGGAAAGUUGAUCCCGAAGAAGUAAAGAAACGUCGAGAUCUUCGAUCGCCCACUAUUUCAGGAAAUCCAGAGUCCGAAGAUAUACUUAUCUUCAGUAUUGAUCCUCCUGGAUGUCAAGAUGUAGAUGAUGCUUUGUCCGUUCAAUGGUUACCACCUAUCGUCGAUGAAUAUGGAAAAGAACAUAAACGUUUGCAACUGGGAGUACACAUAGCUGAUGUUAGUUAUUUUGUUCCAUCUGGUAGUUAUAUUGAUAGUGAAGCUCGAAGACGUUCAACCAGUAUUUAUUUAGCUGAUCGUCGGUAUGACAUGUUACCAGGUUUGUUAAGCGGAGACUUAUGUUCUCUAUGGAGCGGUCGUGAUCGCUAUGCUGUUAGCGUAUUAUGGGAAAUAGAUAUAGAUUCAUUCGAUAUCUCAAAUAUAUGGUAUGGUCGUACGGUAAUCCAUUCAAGCUAUAAGUUAACCUAUGAACUUGCUCAACGCAUAUACGACUCAGUCACUUCAGAAAAUAUUUCAUCGAAUAGCUUUGCAAUGGAAGAGCUUGUUAAGAAGUCAGGUGGAUUGGAAGCUGUUAAAAAUGAUAUACCUGAAUUAAGAGAAUUAAACCGGGAUGAAUGUUUAACUGCUUUGGACAAGCUUAGUAAAUCUAUUUUACUAUUGGUUGAUAUUGCCUCCAAUAUUCGUGAACGUCGACUUGCUAAAGGAGGUUUAGAACUUGAAAGUGUAGAAGUUAGUGUUCAAUUUGCCAAUCCUGAAACACGUACUGGAAAACUAGAGGAUUUGAUUCCAAAAGAGCCCCUUGAAAUGCACAAUACAGUAGCGGAGCUAAUGAUAUUUGCAAACCAUUGGGUUGCACGUCGAUGUGUAGAAUAUUAUCCUGAUCGCGCUUGUCUACGUCGACAUCCACCUCCGCGUCCGGAAUAUUUCGAUGAACUUAAACGCUGUAUAGCUUGUCGAGGUUUUGUUUUAGACACAAAUUCCAAUCUUUCACUAGCGAAUUCCUUAAAAAAUGCAUCAGAUCCUAAUGAUCCCGAGGUUAACAAGGUGGUACGUCAACUUGUUACACGUGCAAUGACAAAUGCACUAUAUUUCUCAACUGGUUCAUCAAAUAUGACACAAGAUCAGUUUUCCCAUUAUGGCUUAGCCCUUAAUUUGUAUACACAUUUCACAUCGCCUAUACGACGUUACGCCGAUAUAAUUGUUCAUCGCCUUCUGCUUGCUUCAUUAGGAGACUAUAGGUCACUGACAACAACACAAAGUGAACUCAACUCAAAAAAUACUGAAUUAGUCACAAUUUUAGAAAAUAAAACCGACGGGUUAUUCUCUUCUGAAGAAUUAGCUUCUAUUUGCAAUCAUAUGAACGAACAACAUUGGGCUGCUCAGCAAGUUCAACGAUCCAGUUUAGAAUUAUUUCAAGCUUUGUUCUUUAAAGAUAAACCAGUUGAUGAUCCAUCUCGAUAUGCAGAAGGAAUCAUUUGUCAGUUAAGAGGCACAAAUGGAUUUAUUGCCUUUGUUCCCCGAUACGGUAUCAGAGGUGCAGUUUGCAUAAAAAACGCGGAUGGUCACAUAGCAUGGGUUGAUCAUACAACAUCCGAUACUGGUAACAUUCAUUGGUUACAAGAUGUCCAAAACAUAGUGAUUGAACGUGUGCAUUCAUCCGAACGAUCAGAUUGUGGGGUUUUAGAAGUCCGCAACUCCAAAACUAAUGAAUGUCAACAGUAUCAUAUGUUUGAUCAUGUCUUAUUAAAAAUAUAUGUCAGUGAGACUAUUGCUCAUGGAUUAAAUAUACGAUUGGAACUUGUAGGUCUCCCUAAAACAACAAAUGAUUCUAGAGGUAAACUAAUAACGGCUCAUACAACAACAGAAAAUCAUUCAGUCUGUACACCGAGCUUGAAUACAAAAUUAAUAAAGGAUGUACAAGAUAUAGAUGCUGAAAGACGUCAAAAACGCGAAGUGAGUGAUCAGGAACAUGUUAAUGUUUCAAAACGCAAGCAGUUGAUUGCACAAUUACAUGAUUGUUCUUCAGUAUAUCACCGAUUUCAUAAACUUCUACGUCAGUCUAAUGAACAUGAGAUGGAAACUAACUGA